CUAAUGAGAAGGUCCCUCUCAGCUACUGGGUGGAUCUUGCUAUUGAGUACUACAAAAUGGGCAAAAUUGAAGAGUUUGUUCAAAUUUUGGAAGCCAGUCGUACAUCUGCCAGCAUCUCUUACCCUGACUAUGAACGAGACCAGAUGCGUUGCAUUGACUCCUUGGCUGCGUACUAUGUACAAUGUGCCAACAAAGAAAAGGACAAAACUGCCAAGAAGGAGCUCUUCCAAAAAGCCACACAUUUAUAUACAGCAGCUGACAAGAUCAUCAUGUAUGACCAGAACCACCUGCUGGGGCGAGCAUAUUUGUGUCUGCUGGAGGGCGACAAGCUCGAGCAAGCUGACCAGCAGUUCAACUUCGUCCUCAACCAGUCCCCCAACAACAUCCCUUCACUGCUGGGCAAAGCCUGCAUUGCUUUCAAUAAGAAGGAUUACCGCGGUGCGCUGGCGUUCUAUAAGAAAGCCCUACGCACGGCACCCAACUGCCCGGCUGCCGUACGCCUUGGUAUCGGUCAUUGCUUCGUCCGCCUUAACAACCCCACCAAGGCGCGGCUUGCCUUCGAGCGCGCCUUGGACUUGGACCCUAACUGUGUGGGGGCCUUGGUUGGCCUUGCAGUCCUUGACCUCAACAUGAAGAAACCUGAGAAUAUAAGGAAAGGCGUGCAGAAGCUGUCACUGGCGUAUAAGAUUGAUAUCACUAACCCUAUGGUGCUCAAUCAUCUAGCAAACCACUUCUUCUUCAAGCAGGAUUACACCAAAGUGGAACAGCUCGCCCUCCACGCCUUCCACAACACCGAGAACGAAGCGAUGCGCGCCGAGAGCUGCUACCAGGUCGCCAGGGCCUUCCAUGUACAGGAGGACUACUCGCAGGCAUUCCAGUACUACUACCAAGCCACGCAGUACGCGAGUCCCAACUUCGUGCUCCCUCACUACGGACUUGGUCAGAUGUACAUCAACAGAGGCGACACUGAGAACGCCGCGCAGUGCUUCGAGAAAGUCCUGAAAGCGCAGCCUGGUAACUACGAGACCAUGAAAAUUUUGGGUUCGCUCUAUGCUGCUUCCACCUCAUCUUCAAAACGUGACCUCGCACGCCAGCAUCUCAAGAAAGUGACCGAGCACUGCCCUGAGGACGUCGAGGCUUGGAUUGAGCUCGCACAGAUCUUGGAGGGCAGCGACCAGCAGGCGGCGCUGGCAGCCUACCGUACCGCCACGAACCUCAUGAAGACGCAGAUCAACAUGGACGUGCCCUCUGAGAUACUUAAUAACAUCUCCGCACUGCAUUUCAGGUUAGGCAACUUGCCAGAGUGCGAGAAGAUGCUAAAUGAAGCCGUGGAGCGCUGCAAUGCAGAGAUGGAGCAAGACCCUCAGUAUUACGGCUCCAUCUCCGUCACUAUAAAGUACAACCUGGGGCGACUCCAUGAGACCUUCUGCCGCUUCAGUGAUGCAGAGAGGAUAUAUAAAGAAAUUCUCAACGACUACACUAGCUAUGUUGACUGUUACCUACGGUUGGGAUGCAUGUCUCGUGAUAGGGGCCAGAUUUACGAUGCUUCUGACUGGUACAAAGAAGCCUUGCGUAUGAACAACGAGCAUCCGGACGCAUGGUCGCUCAUGGGCAACCUGCAUCUUGCCAAGAACGAGUUCGGUCCUGGACAGAAGAAAUUUGAACGUAUCCUGAAGAACCCAAGUACGGCCCAAGACUCUUACUCGCUAAUCGCACUAGGCAACGUGUGGCUCACUACGCUGCAUCAGCCUCAGCGAGACAAGCAGAAGGAGAUCAAACACCAGGAGCGCGCCCUCGCCAUGUACAAGCAGGUCCUCAAGACCGAUCCGAAGAAUAUCUGGGCUGCCAAUGGCAUAGGAGCUGUCUUGGCGCACAAGGGCCACAUCAACGAGGCACGCGACAUCUUCGCUCAAGUUCGUGAAGCAACAGCUGACUUCAGUGACGUUUGGAUGAACAUCGGACACAUCUACGUCGAACAAAAGCAGUACAUAAGCGCUAUACAAAUGUACGAGAACUGCCAGAAGAAGUUCUUCCGUCAUCCCAACGUGGAAGUCUUGAGCUACCUUGCUCGAGCUUACUUCAGAGCUGGCAAACUGCAGCAAGCGAUGCUUACUCUUAUUAAGGCGCGUCACGUGGCGCCCCAGGACACGGUGGUGCUGUACAACUUGGCGCUGGUGCUGCAGAGGCUCGCCACAGCCGUGCUGAGGGACGAGAAGAGCGGCCUCGCCUCCGUGCUGCGGGCCACACAGCACCUCACGCUCGCGCACAAGUACUUCCAGCACCUCUCAGUGCACGGAGAACGUCUUCGUUAUGACCUGGCAGCGGCAGGGGCGGAGGCGAGUCAGUGCCGGGACCUGCUGAGCCAGGCGCAGUAUCACGUGGCGCGCGCCCGACGCCUCGACAACGACGAGCGGCAGCUGAAGGCGCAGCAGGAGGAGCAGAUGCGGCGUCUGCAGCACAAGCUGCAGGAGGAGCGUGCCCUCAGGGAGCAGAAGAUGCAGGAGGAGGCUAUUGCUAAGGCCCGUGCACGUGAGGAGUACAAGGAGAAGAUGAAGAGCGCCGUCAAGACGAUCCUGACUGAGCCGCCUCCUCAGAAGUCCUCGCGGGGCCGCAAACGUGAACGCGACGGUGAGAUCCUUAGUGAAGGAUCCGACGACGAGCGACGUAGCGGAGGAGAGGACGGCGGUGGUGGAGGACGUAGCAGGCCCUCGAAGAAGAAGAGACCCUCAAGGAAGGAGGCCGCAGGAGGAGAGUCUAGGAAGCGUGGCAGGUCAGAAGGCCGGCACAAAGAGAAGGCAAAGAAGAAUUCCGCCAGAAACGAGGGUCUCUCCGGUAAACAAAAGAUGCGUAUCGUGUCCAAGGCGACCAUAUCUGAUACUGAUUCAGACUCCGAUGAUGACGCCAAGAGACUCAAGAUCGCCGAUGAUGGUGAUGAUAAACAUGACAACAAAAGGAGAAGGUUGAACUCUGAAUCAUCCAGGUCUAGGUCUAGGUCAAGGUCCAAGAGUCGUUCUAGGUCAGCUAGUGGGUCUAGGUCAAGAUCACGAUCUCGAUCCAAGAGUAGAUCAAGAUCAACGAGCAGAUCGCGAUCUCGUUCAAGAAACCGGUCACGAUCAAAGAGUGGAUCGAGGUCCCGAUCGCGUUCUAGAAGUGGGUCAAGAUCCAAGUCAAGAAGCGUUUCAAGAUCUCGAUCAAGAUCAAGAAGUGGUUCGCGAUCUCGUUCGAACAGUCGGGCAAGAAGUGGGUCCAGAUCCCAUUCUCGAUCGCGCAGCGGAUCUCGUCGAAGAUCUAAGUCGGGGAGCGGCAGUGGAUCUGAUUAGUGCUUCUGAUCUACCGUCUCGUCUGCUGAAUCGGGGGCUCCUGAACAGCCCAAGCUUCGAGAUUUCCAAGCUUAUUUUAUUGUUCACUGAAAAUUUAAUUUAUUAGACAAUCAUCAUCGAUAUUCUGAUUUUUUUUUUUCAAUCUGAAUUUGUCAUUUUACGUCUUUUAUGUCUUAAAAGAUGAAGGCUCCUUUUUCGUAAGUGGCUCUUAAAUACUUGAGUUGCCGGUAGUGGUUACUGGGGGGAAAAAAGGUUCAAUGGAAAUUUCUUUCCUACAUUAGCGAGCAAAUUACUCCUUUCAUUACGAAUACUGUUCUUUAAUCUGUAGUGAGCGCCACAAACUGCUACCACCAUUCACGAUUAUUGUUUUUAAUCUGGUUUAGAAGUCCUAAUUACGAUGGGUUUUCGUCCAUCGAGCUUGCAUUUGCGCUCAAUUCGAGUGAAAUUCCUUGGUCGUCUGUUCUUAUUACGUAUUUUUUUUUUCAUCCUGAUUUAGUGAGUGAUAGGAAAUUUUUGCUGAUGUUAAUAGAACUUUUUAAUUUUUGCUGAUGUUGAUUUUGAUUUAUUUUCUAGUUCUGUCUAAUGGUUUCUAGUUCUAAUCAUUGAUCAAAAACCAGAAAUCUAUUUUGCAGAUAAUCGAACAUUUUUUUCGUCCAGUUAGACCGAUACGUGGACAAGUGUUUUUAUGUGUGUCCGCUGGUUAUUCUCUUUAAAAAUCGGUAACUCGUGCAGCUUGCGUUCAAAAUCCAUUACCCCGCAACUGACAAUUUUGACAUCCAUUUCAGUUUAGCAAGUUUGACAUCCAUUUCAGUUUAGCAAGUUUGACAUCCAUUUCAGUUUCGCAAUUUUUACACCCAUUUCGCUUCCGCUAGUUUGUAGCUUCUUAAUGGAGGAAUUAAAGCCAAAUACUGUCUUGCUGUUGUCUUAUAAUUUCUGUUCCAUUAUUUUGCCCCGUAAUGCGAAACUAUAUGUGUAUUAUACCGCUAAUGUAAGUCUUGAAUACGAUCGUCUCAAGUGUCCUGUUCUAAACCUCGGUCCCGUAAGCAUUAGAUAGCAAUAGGAGCAUCAGUAGAUCAUUGACGUGUUCAGUAACAUAAGUACACGUUACAAAA